ACUGUUGAUGCCAAAGAUAUGUAUGGUGAUUCCCUUUGAUGGGUUACGCAGUUAUGAUCUAUCACAAUGAUUGAAACCACGGAUUAGUAAGAGGAAGUAUAUCCCAAUUUAAGGUUUUGAUGCCCCCGAAAGACCUCCAUCAGUGAUGCAGUCGGUGCUCUUCGAGGCAGCUGCUCGGUCAGCCCAAUCUUACCGACGAUGAAGCGGAAGAAGUGGAGGGAGGAGGAGGAGGCGACGCUGAUCCGGGAGUACGCGGCCCUGCUGUCGCCGCCGUCGGGAGGCGCCCUCCUCCUGGCCAGGCUCCGCACGCGGGAGAAGAAGUUCCAGCCGAUCGCGGACCGGGUGAACGCCGCCCACCACCUCCGCGACCCCGUGGCCUUCCCCUUCCGGUGGUCCUGGCGGGACGUCUCCGUCAAGAUCCACAACAUGCGACACCAGUUCCUCCACGUCAAGCGCAAGCUCCUCCCCCUCCCCGCCCACCUCCACCCCGACCACGCCCUCCACCUCUGGCCAAACUUCCUCCUCUACAAGCAGGUCUUCGGCGAUCAUCUGGAGCUCCACCUCCGCCCCUCCUCCAAAACCCCCGCUUCCGACGGUGAUCGUGAGGAUGAUGAUAGCCUCAACGAAGAAGAUUACGAAAAUGAAAAUGAUGACGUUGAGGAGGAGGACGAGGCGCAAUUGGCCACCGAUCUCUCUGCCUCCGAUCAAGAAGUGGCGGACGAUGAGGAAAGGAUCGAUGCAGAACUCGUGCAUCGAGAAGAAGAAGAGGAGGAAGCGCUAGGGUUGCGGCGUCUCCUUCCUCGCCGCCGCCGUGGGAAAAAGAUGGGAUUUUUGGGAGCCGACAUGGUGAGGCUUGGCGAGAUCGCGAUGAGGAGGGAGGAGCGAAGACGCGAAAGGGAGGCAUCGAGGGAGGAAGAAGAUCGCGAAAGGGAGCGGCGGAAGAGGGCCUUGGAGCACCAAAGACAGAUGGAUGAGGAGGAGGAGAGGAGGGAGCAGUGGCGAAGGAGGAUGAGUAGGGAGGAGAGGAGGGAAGAAGAGGAGAUGGAGUGGAGGGAGAGGAUGCUGGUGAUGCAGAUGGAGCACGAGAAGCAGGUGAUGCAGAUGCAAGCCGAUGCUUUCCAGGAUCAGAUGCAAAUGAUCGCCAUCCUGGUCAGGGUCAUUUGCCAGUUCCUUGGAGGAGGGACGGCCGGUGGUGGUGAUGGUGGGAUUGGGGGAAUUCAGCACCAUGUGAUGCAGCAGCAGCAGCAGAAGCAAGAGGAGUCACCAGAGAGCUUAGUGGGCGAUGGUGGGAAGAAUGGUGAUCAUUCUGGUGGGCGCUAUACUUAGAUUCAUGAAAUGGACUGGUGUCAGCUAAAUGCCCACCAGAUAGACUGCCGGCUUCCACUUCCAAACUAUGGUGAACUACGAGUUAUAUGAUCUUUUAUUCUCAUGGUUGCUAAAUUUUUACGCGGAAACAUGAUGUCGAAUUUGACCUAUGGAUAUAGCUACACAGAAUGUUUAUCUCCAAUUUAUUUUUCCCAUUGUUUCAGUAGCUUAAUGGUAUCCCUUUGAGUUAUCCAAAUGGAUCAAGAUCAGGUUUAAUCUCA